AGAACAGUCCGUAUUAUCGUACAUUACUGAAAUAAGAGGAUAGAUGCUAGUUUAAAAGACCACGUGGAGAGUAUUAGCGGCACUGCCGAAGAUCCCUGAUCUCUAUCUAUAUAGAGAGUAAGGUCGGUAGGCAGAUAAGUAGUACUGGCUGAACUUUGGACAGAAUCGGCAUGGGAGGCAGCAGACUGGAUGACCAAUCUACCGACUCCAGCGAUACGGAGGACCUACCCAGCUGUGCCUUCCUGAACCUCCGACCUAACCAGUCAGCUCCUUCUCGAGCAAAGCAGACGGAUGUUACUGCUCCGCUGCCCCACGCCUCCUGCCCAGAACCCUACACAGAGGGAUUAGGCAAACCCAGGGAUGUAGUGAUGAUCAGCAGUGAGAGUGAUGAAGAAGAGAUCACCGUUCCCCUUGCUAUAAGACUAAAGCAGCGCUUGGCAGGCUCGACGUCAUCUGUCCCUGCUGUGACACCCCCUCUCCCAGCCUCCGUGUUCCAGGCUGGCAGCUCAGUUCUGCGGCAUCGAGCCAAAGCAGACUCCGGUUCAGUCAGCCAACACCGUGCCCUGCUCCCUCUCCGCUCCGAAGAAUGCGGAAAAGCCCCGGACUUCACACGGGUCGCCGUGGGCUCCUCAGCCUCCGGAUCAUUGGAGGAACCCGGAGCACUGACGGACAUUGGCGGCUCUUCUUCGGCUGGGGGGGCCACCAAGCGCAGUGCGACGGCGAUCAGGGCAUCGAGGGAGGAUGCCCUGAAGAGGAGGGAGGCCCGGGAGAAGAAUCAGGCUGUCCGCAAACUCGAGCUGGAGAGGCAGAGAGCUGAGAAGAAGGCUUUCGCUGAUGCUGUUAAGGCUCUACGGCCAGAAGAGUGUAUCAAACACAUGGUGGUGUGUGUGGAUCCAGGUGAAUGUCUCCUUAAGAGUGUAAUAGUCUACAGCCAGAGAGAAUCAGUAGACGGUAUAUUUCAAGCCAGCAAUGUAUCCUCAGAAGCACAUAUGGUGAUUUUACUACUUGAAUGGUACACUAAGCACUACUCACUCAGUGAAAUUUUUUGGCGUGCCAGCGUAUAUUUCACACUUGGCGGGCCCCUGUUUUUAAGUGCUGUGGCAAAGCCUGAAAUGAUCAGACCAGUGUGCAGUGCUGACUGGGAAAGCUUUCAGUCCCCUUUAGAGAGAUGACUGUCUUAAAGAGAGAGCUAGAUUUUUUAUAUUCAGGAUAACAUCUCGAUUAAAUGUUCAGCUGGAACUAAAAAAUUCAUUUUGGCAAUUUUUCAGUGCUUGAGAAUAUUUUGCGUGCUGCUCCAUCCAUAAUUAUGUAUCUCAUUAAACUUUUUUUUUU